CGAUCAGUACAGAGUCCAAAGUAAAGAUUAACAAUGAUACCCAUAGCCUUAUUUCCUUUAUUGACAUCAUCUAAUUCACGCAUUAAUUUAGUGAAUAAGAUUAUUUUCUUCUUGCGAUGACAUAAAUCAUCUUGAGCCGUUAACGAUCGGUUUCAAUACACAUGUUUUGACAAGCAUGAUUUAGUGUAUCGACGCUAGGCAUGCCCAGCAUUAGCCGAUGGGAAACCCAGCUAUGUGCCCUUGGCAUGCUGGCUCUACUGCUGCCAUUCUGGCAAGUGUCUGGUCGAAUAUGUGGUCCUUCAAAUAGAACAGGUCCUGCGAACUUCACCCAAAAGCUGAAUGUGGCGGAGUACAUCAACUACGGGGCGUCCAAAGCCUUGCUCUGCUGUGCCAGUGGUUUCCACUCCAUUCAGUGGCAUAUCCUGAACAAGGGCUUGGCCUGGGAUCCCUAUCCCCCUGACUCCACGGGAACCGACGAACCCCAAACAGAAGAGGAGGGUCAGGUGCUGAGGAUAUACCAUGCCAUGGAUUUCCAGAACACCAAGUUCCGGUGUGACUUGGUUGUGAAUGGAUCAGAGGUGUUGAGUCACACUGUACGGCUGUAUGUCUCUCAUUGUUCCACACGAGCAAGGGGACCAAUACUCAUUGAGCCUUUCCCACAAAACCAAACCAUAUUCGACUAUGGCGGGAAUAUAAAGUUUUAUUGCACUGGCGAUUUUGGGUGUUACAAGCACGGUGACUUGCAGUUUGUUAUGUGGUCAGUGGACAUUAUUGGCAAUAAUGCUUCAGGUGUCAGUCACAGAUACCAUCUUUUUUACCAAUGAAAGCGAGGACAAAACAACACUGGGAUCGACUCUGACCAUAGAAAAAGUGGAGCCAAAUGAUACCAAAAGAACUUUCAUAUGUACUAUCAUGAAUGACCAAUCGGAUCAAGGGCAGACUGACAGAUCGGUUAGGAUAACAAAGAAAGAAAGACCAAUGCCGACUAUAAUAAUCAUAGCGAUUGCCGUUUCUACAGUUGUGGGAGUAUUCAUUGCCUUAUUACUGGUAGGCCUUAUUGUAAGAAAUGUUGGGGGCCCCAGGUGAAGCUGUUUGUCUAUGUGCACUGCCCCUGCUCUCUUCGCA